AACAGCUAAGAUUGUUAAUGACAAAAUAAUGAUUAAUACUUUUGAAGAUAAAUUCAUCGUUCAGCAAAAAUCUACAUAUGCAGAUAAAGAUCAUUUGGCUUUAUUAACGAAGAAAGUGAAGAAACAAGAUAAAAAAAUUGCCUACAAGCUAGUAUCAUUGAACAUUACUGUGAACAAAAAGCAAAUGCCACUAGGAUUCAGCAAUCAUAAUGAAAUUUAUCAAAUUCCACUUCAUGAAGAAGCAGCAUCUGUAGAUUAUGCAACAAUUGCAGAACUUUUACCAGUUUUACAAAAUAAAUGUGAAAAUGUGAUCUAUGAAGUUUCUAGUAAUGAUAAAAUUAUUGAAAAGCUUGUUGGUGUGUUUAAUUCUGAAAAUGCUAAUGAAUCAAAUAAAACAGAUAAUAUAGAUGAAAAUAAUGAUAGUAAUGAAUUACCAAUUAUUAGUGCUAAUGCAGCAUUAGAAAAUUUGAAUAGUGUUAGAUUGUUUUUACUUUAA